AUCAUCAUCUCUACUUGUCAUGUCAUUCAUUGCAUAUCCAUGUGCUGUUCCAACUCAGCGCCAAGUUCCAAUGUCUCCUCCAACAACUCCACGGAUCCUCAUGAAACUCUGCCCGAUCAUGGAGAUUCCCAUCAUUGGUGGACCCCGUCAAAAUGGAACCUACAAUGUGUUCAUCUUCGACCUAAAAAUCAGGAAGUUCAUUCCACACAGAUGCUCCAGUUGUGCAGUGAAGAUCCUCGAAGAUCACCUGUCACCGAUGUAUGCCUCGGGAAGUGUGAUUUUUAUGAGAAAUGAGGUUACGCAAGAGGUGGAGCAGUAUGUCUACUCGUUCGAGACUGGUGGCUUCCAGCAGGUCGACUAUCCGGAGUUGGUUUACUCGGCUGAAAAAUUCACGGAAUCAAGUUUUAUUGUGAUGAUUGAGAACUCUGAUGGAAAGAAAGUUCUGAUCGAGCGUGGAGGAAACGAAGCAGUUCGGAAGUUGGAGUACAGACUUGGGAAGUGCGUGGAAAUGCCAAAAGUUGAGGUUCAACUCUUGGCCGCCGAAGAAUUUGAUGACGCGGAUCCAUGGUCUGACAACGACUCCCUCAGUUCUGAACAUCUUGACUACAAUGAAACACUUCCAGCAUUUAAAACCACAUUCUGCCAAGACUUUCAGAUGUACGUUCUCUACAUUAUCACCAGCCGUGGUCAUUAUGAAAAGUACAUAUACAAUCAGAGCACCAGUCAAUUCGAGAUCCUCGACUGUGAGAAGUGUCCGGAUACAACCAGAGAAGUGGAUCUUCUCCCCAAGUAUGCAGAGUUUUGCGAAGAGAUUCAGGCUUAUGUGAUUCACGUCUUCAACUCCUUCACAGAUCGCAUGGAGCAAUAUGUCUUCGACUCGAAGAUUCAGGGAUUUGUUGAAGUGAAUCAGCCAGAGCUGAAGUAUGACUCAUCGAAGGAUCAGGAUCCGACUUCGAGCAUCUUCUUCGUUCUCAAAGGGACAACAGUGAUCAUGAGGGGUGCACAAGGAAGACUGAAGAAGGAGGUAUAUUGCUCGAUCAAAAAACAUUUCGUGGAGGUUCCCAAUUCGGUGAUCAAGAGUUUUGAUACUCAGUUUAUGGAGAAGAAGCAGAAGAUGGACAAGAAGAAGAAGGCCAAAAAGAUCAAGAAGUCCAAGAAGAAGGCAUCCAAAGAAUCUCAAGAGUUGGAUGUCUUGGUCGAGAAGAUCCGUCUUUGUGAUGAUCCGUUUUCUGAUGGCCCAUCUUGCUCAACUUCUCCAGAUAUUCCGGAGGAUGCCCCAGACGAUGGCAUGUCAAUUCUCAAACAAAAAUUCGUGGAAAGCCUGACAACUCUCUACGGCGGAUCGUUGCCACCAUAUGUUCAGAAGGAAUUGGAACAGAUUUGAGGAUUUGGAUUAAAAUUAGUUUUUUUUGUUAAAUUGCAUAUUUUUUUAUUUUAUUUUGUCUUGCGGUCUCAUUUUUCUUCCCGAUGUUCCAUAAAUAAAAGACAACUGU